AUGCAUUUCUCCCUUAAAAACACCCCUAUACAAGAUUGGAACCUGGUAGCCAUAAUGAAUAUUGGCCGGAGUAUUCAGGAGCUGCAUCUUGGAAACGUGGGAUUAACCAGCUGGCCGGCUUGGAUUCUGUAUUUCUCAAAUCUUACAGAGCUCAUUAUUUCUGAUAGUAGCAUCAGUUAUAUUCCUGCUAAUGCCUUCAACACAGUUGUUCACACCCUAGUUAAACUUUCAUUAACCAAUACUAAUUUAACAUAUUUACCUAGAGCUUUCUCUCAGCUAUACCGGCUAGAAUGGUUAACCGUUGAAGGCGCAAACGUGGAAACCAUAUUAUGGCUCCCGUUUUCAUCUAAUCUAACGUCGUUGUACUUAGCAAAUAAUAAUAUCUCUAAUGCUGAGCAGGUAAGUGUAUGUCCAGGUCCGUAUGCCUAUUCCCUGCAGUAUGUUGAUUUACAGGGAAAUAAAUUAACCUCUAUACCCGAGUUAGCAUAUAUGAUAAAUUUACACUACCUCAAUCUCAACCAUAACCACAUCGCCUUGCCAGAAACCGGAUCAUUGCCCACUAGAAUAGGGCGUGUCGACUUAGGGCUAAAUUCUCUUCCUCUUAUUCCUCACUUCUUUUCUGGAUUAUUUAAUGUCUGGUACCUUAAUCUACCCCAUAACUUGAUAAACGAACUUCGAGGCGAAGACUUUCCCCCAAUCGCAAUUAUUGCAAAUUUUGGAUAUAACCAGAUAACCAAUCUCACCGAGGCUAGUUUCCCGAAUGUUUCUAAUAUAACAUGUCUAAGUUUAAAUGAUAAUCCUAUUGCCAGUAUUUCUCUGUCAGCGUUUAGAAAUUUGGCCAGUCUCUCGUUCCUAAACCUUCAACAAUCUGAACUAACCCGGCUCCCUCUGGCUCUCUGUUCUCUUUCUAAUUUACAUCAGUUAGAUAUGUCCGGAAGUGCUGACUUAGUUUGUACAUGCGCAGAAAGAGAUCUUCAGUCACUUAUUGUCAACACGCCUGAAGUCAACGGAGAAUGUGGGGAUACGACCAUAUUGUAUUUCUUUACUAAUCUGACCUCCGGUUGUGAUGAAUUAUAA